AUGAGGCCGGAAGUACUUUUAAGCUCAGUGCUGUGGGAGGACAUCGAUAGUAUUACAAAAGCAAAAAAUAUGUUAAACCAAUUUCUUUUCUACAACGGUUCCGCAAUUCCGCCUAAUUUGAGAGAGGUCGUCUACACUGGAUCCAUACUGUCUGGUGAGUACAUAUAUUGGCAACACUGUUGGGAACGUUUCAUCACACUUCAGCGCACAUCGGAGAGUUUUGUCGAGCGUAUGCAACUUUUGCGAGCGCUCGGUCGUACCAAAGACGCUUGGCUACAAAAUCGUCUGCUCUCGCAUGUCACAAUGCUGCCAACUGUCGAAGUAGUGCAGGUAUUGCAGGCAAUUGCCGGUACACCGACAGGCGGAGCAAUGGCGUGCCGUUUUCUGCAGGCCAAGUGGUUCGAGUUGGAAAUGCGACUGGGCCACGGGACGAUAAGUUUUGCCAAGGUGAUAUCAGCGAUAACACAAUAUGGUGCGACGAAAUUUGAUUACGAUGAGCUUAAAUCGUUAGUGCAUCGCUUUGGGCGUGGUCACGGCUUGGAAGUAUUAAAUAUGACACUGAGCAGUGUUGCUUCCAAUGUGGAAUGGGUGGCGCGCUCUCAAACAUCACUGUACAAGUGGGUGGAGAGUAAUUUGCAUUCGCAUUGAUUCAGCAGCACAACAGCAACAGCAACAGCAGCAACAACAAUAAAAAAUUAAGGUCUAUGGUUUAUGAUUUUAAAUUUUUGUUUUAGAAUUUCGCAUCAAAGGAACCUACAUUCAAAAUCAUUGUAAAAGACAUACUCAGCUAAUAUGCAUUCAAACGUUUUCAUAUGUACAUAUGUACAUGCAUAUGUAGAUAUUUUGGACGCAUACAAACAUACUAUUUAUAGAUAGUUCUAUGUACAUACAUAUAUACAUACAUACAUACAUACACAUCUAUUAUGUGACAUGAAUAUCAAUCAUUCGUACACUCAUGUAUUUCCUCAUUUGUAAUUAUGUUCCUUAUAUAUUAUACAACUUUUACAUACAAUAAUCAUACAAACUAACAUACAUACAGUUCAUAAAAAUAAAGUUUUACAUAAGAACGAAAGAAAAGGUGAAAGAGAAAAAUGGAUUAGGCAGUCUUCUAGGAUUAGUUUUAGAUUAGGUAAAAGGUACUGGGACAUAAGUUAAUCAUAUCAUCUAAAGGAUAUACAUAGUAGCUAAAUUGAGUUAAGUGUCUAUAGAAGAGAGGGAAUAUCAUAACACUUUAGUAAAGUUCUUGUAUUUAUUUGGUUUGCGUUAUGUUAAACUACUAUUUUAUACUUUUGAUUGAAAAAGAAAAACGCAAGAAGCAUUUCUCCUUAAAUAUGUAUGUAUGCUUAGCUAAGCACAUAAAUUUUGUGUUCAAUACAAAACAUGCCAAUAUUUGUAAUU